AGGGCCAGGAACAAACAGGCUUCAAAGCCAAGGGCUUGGCUGGCAGACAAGAGGCUUGGUCCUCCACCUUGGUCCCCUCUCCCUACUGACAUAUAUAACACUCUGGUCACACCCGGGAGAUGUGGAGAGGACAGUGCCUACAGCAUGAUGGACUUGGGCAGCAAAGAUGUCCUGGUGGAGAGCCCCCCGGACUACUCAGCAGCCUCCCGGGGCAGGAUCAGCAUCCCCUGCUGCCCAGUGAAUCUCAAACGCCUUCUCAUUGUGGUCGUGGUGGUGGUCCUUGUCGUCGUGGUGAUUGUAGGGGCCCUCCUCAUGGGCCUUCACAUGAGCCAGAAACAUACUGAGAUGGUCCUAGAGAUGAGCAUUGGAGCGCCGGAAGCCCAGCAACGCCUGGCCCUGAGUGAGCAUGUGGGUACCACUGCCACCUUCUCCAUCGGCUCCACUGGCAUCGUGCUGUAUGACUACCAGCGGCUCCUGAUUGCCUAUAAGCCAGCCCCGGGAACCUGCUGCUACAUCAUGAAGAUGGCUCUGGAAAGCAUCCCCAGCCUUGAGGCUCUCACCAGAAAAUUCCAGAACUUCCAGGCCAAGCCUGCAGCGCCUACCUCUAAGCUGGGCCAGGAGGAGGGGCGUGACACAGGCUUGGCAUCCUCUGGAGGAGACCUGGCUUUCCUGGGCAUGGCGGUGAGCACCUUGUGUGGCGAGGUGCCUCUCUACUAUAUCUAGGACGCCUCAGGGUCCACCGAAGCCCCAAGAGGACAGGAAAGAUCCACCAGCAAAGGGUCUUUUGCAGACGGCAGGAAGCUGUUCCCACGCACACCA